UUGUUUGGGAAAGUUACUGGGACAAAAUCUUCUCUAAAAACAAUAGGGGAACAUGAUUUAAGUUUGCAAAGUCGCAUCUGAAUGAACUCCAUGACUGAAAAGAUUUAAAUAAAGAUGUUUGGCCAUAAUUCAGUGCCAUGUAUGGAGAAAAAAAACUAAGCCAUAUCAGUACAGCCAUAGUUGCAGAGCCCUCAGUAGUGCAUUGAAGAACCACAAAGGUCUGCUGCCUCCCCUUUUGCUGGUCAUCAGCUUGGUCACACAAUGUUAUGGGAUGGCAUCAAAAUCAAUUACCACCGUUUGUCACGAGUCGCCCAGUUUGCUUGUGUGGAUCAUUCUCGUGAAAAACCCCAACCUGAUCCGAGAAGUGUCUAAUGGGGUUGAGGGGCAUCACACCACCUCCACAAAAAGCUGUUUGAAAUCGGCCUCAGUGAGAAUGUUUAAUGAAGAACUUGUUUUUUCUUGUGCACAACCCACAGACUCCUCUCUGCUGCUCAACCCACAAAUGCAUUUCCCUUACAAACGAGGCAUCAAGGGAAAUAAACCGGCUUUCCGAUGGUUUAACAUUUAUUGCCAAGAAGGACUGUUGCAGCAAAGCAAAGAAAUUGUCCACACAGAAAUUUUCAAAUGUCUUUUGCUAACUUCUUUCUUCUUUCCUUUUACCAUGACUUUACUUGAUAAAAUGGCAAAUGAAUCCAUCAGGCCAGAUUCUGUCAUUGGGUAAAGGACACGAUGUUCGGUUUUCUCAUCUUUGGUUUGAGUUUUUAAAUUUUUUGAGUCCUUUCCCUCAGUCAAUCUUCGGUUUUUAUGUGACUGUUUUACAUCCCUGCAUUUCUAUUACGUUUUCCAUGAACCCUGUGAUUUUUUUUUUUUCUCUCUCUCUGUCUUCAGUCAUUUAUUUCUACUUUGGCUACUUUGUUGGUUCUAACCUCAUUCUCCUGUUGCUACGCCACCUUUUGUUCCCUUUGGUUCAAGCCUGCCACCAUGUCGAGUCUCUUCUGUUGUUUGCCUGUUUGCCUCAAACCCUGAUCCUGUUUUGAAUGGUGAUGUAACUUGUACACUUUCUGUUUAGAAGGUUUUCAUUUUAAACUCACCUAACACAUGACACAGCCCCCCUGCUUUCCUUCUCCCUGUGUUUGGGUCCUUCAGAACCACCAAGCUAAACCGACUCUCUUUUUGUGUGUUAGUUGCCUAAAUGCCUUCUCUCAUUCCCUAGGCUCACAAUGUUUAAAAACAAUGUCAAGAAAAAGAGUUCCUGAGAAGGGUAAUUUAUCUAUCUGUUUGUGUUGUUCAAUCAGUUACCACUAGAGGGAGACAACAAGCAAAGUACGUUUCAGAACAAGUGUCAAAGGGCCUGUGGGAGCUCAGAGUCUUUCCCUAUCACACGAUUUUGAGUGUGACAGGACUCGAAUGAGUUAACGAGACGUUAAAUCUGUGCCACAGACCCCAAGAGAGACGAGGGAACAAUUAGAAAGUGGAUCACUGAGCUGAGUGGAAUAAUGAGAUUCAGGACACCUGUUGACCUUUGUGGCUCUCCUCUCUGACUCCUUAAAGAAAAAUGCUUUUCUUCUUACAACACAGUUAAGGACCUUUUGCUGGAUUUCUCCUAAAGUUGUGGUAUAAAGACACUGCGCGGAGUGUUUCUCUGGAGCUAUCAAUUAUGAGCUGUGAUACGGAGGGAGGAUGCAGUAAGGGAAGGUUGAAUUAUUAUGAAUUCAAUCAGCAGAAGAUGCUAUGUUGGAUUUUUGAAUGUGGCUACAGAAAUAUUUUUUAAUGACUGGAGGAAUCAGAAACUCGUUCAGACCUGCAUCAAAUGAAGCUGAUGUUCAAGCCUUCAGUGGGUCUUAAUAGAUGUCGCAACAUUUCUCACUCCUUUAGUGUACGUAGUUUUGAGUAAUUUGAUCCAGAAAACCGUCGUAAAAAAGUUGGAUAACAUCUUUCUCCUUGUUUUAGAAAAAAAAAAAUCUUGACGAGCACAAGAGAGUCCUGAGGAAAAAAAAAGACACUGAAUUAAAUCGUCAGUGGGAGGGAGGGCGACAUGGAGUAACAGAAUGGCAGAAAAAGAGCGAUAAGUGAGUGACAGUGUCAAAGACGUGCUAAGACAGAAGAGAGGAACAGGGGAAGGGAGAUUUCAAGAAGUGGAGAAGUGGAAAAAUUAUUCAACGAUGUAGAGGCACGAUAAGUAGAGAGAAAAAAGGACUGAAGAAGGAAGAAAAAUAGAAGAAGAGGGCAGGAUGAGUGUGAGAUGGGAGACGGAGGGACUCCAGACAGUCGGUAUCGUCUGCUUGGUGAUAAUGUUCCUCAAGCUGAUGCACCUGCUGGGUCUGAUCGACAUCACCGAGACCGAUGACAGCAGCGAGAGCGACCUGGAGCUGUCGACGGUGCGUCACCAACCCGAGGGGCUGGACCAGCUGCAGGCCCAGACCAAGUUCACCAGGAAGGAGCUUCAGUCGCUCUACCGGGGCUUCAAGAACGAGUGUCCCAGUGGACUGGUUGAUGAGGAGACGUUCAAGUCCAUCUAUUCUCAGUUCUUUCCCCAAGGAGAUGCGACCACCUACGCUCACUUCCUCUUCAAUGCCUUCGACAUUGACAGGAACGGUUCGAUCCGGUUCGAGGACUUCGUCAUCGGCCUUUCGGUUCUCCUCAGAGGUUCGGUCACAGAGAAGCUCAACUGGGCCUUCAACCUCUACGACAUCAAUAAGGACGGUUACAUCACCAAAGAGGAGAUGCUAGCGAUUAUGAAGUCUAUCUAUGACAUGAUGGGGAGGUACACGUACCCCUGUGUACGAGAUGACGCACCAUCAGAGCAUGUUGACAAGUUCUUCCAGAAAAUGGACAAAAACAGGGAUGGGGUGGUGACUAUUGAAGAGUUCAUCGAGACGUGCCAGAAGGACGAGAACAUCAUGAACUCAAUGCAGCUAUUUGAAAAUGUGAUAUAAAACAGAGCUGGAUCCUCUCCGUAGUUUUUCCUCCUUUAGCACGUCUAAUUACUCAGCCACCUCACCUAUACCUCGGGCUCUGCACCAUACAGUUAAAACCACUACUGAAUCACAACAUAGGUACUGUAAAAAAAACAAAACAAAAAAACACAGGAAACACGCGUUCUUUUCCACUCCCCUCUGCACUCCUUCAGCUGUGUCAGGAAACUGUGCCCGGAUAUUAAAGGACUGCUUCAGAGAGGCGAUCAGCAUCCUGGGAGACAUUUUCACCUGCAACAGAAGAGCUCCCUGUGCUUCUGUCAACACAGAUAAAGGACACCGACCCGAGUCCUCAUGGAAACUAGCUUUAACACGAACGUACGCGCUCAUCUAGAGACUGGACACUGGCUCGCUACUCAAGACCUUUUAGAACAAAGGAAAAAUAUUUUUUAGAAAUCACAAAAGCAAGGAGAACUAAAGCAUGUUUGACAUAUGUGAUGUGGGAUUAGCUUGCACUACAAUUUUCUGAUUAUGCAUAAAGGCCCUGUAGAUACUUGCAUCUGACGUACCACCGAUGGAAGCCAGUGUAUUUGUAUAUAUGUAUAGUUAAUAGUUAUAUAUCCUGCAUUGGGUUUGUCUCAUCUCUGCUGCACCGGAUGAUGAAACAACACCAGAAACUGAACAUUUCUUUAAGGCGUUCCUGUGUUAUUCUGUUAGAUAUCCUUUUCAUGUGUAGCUAUGGGAAUUAUCUAAAAAGCUCUAUCUUUCAGAAAUCUCAAAGAUGAUGCUAAAGGUUGAAAUUAAAGGACUGUUUGUCUUCUGAAGUAAGCGUGUAACAAGCUGAGUCUCGGUCACACACUAAAACUUGCGGCACAGUUGGACCUUUGUGAAGUCAUUGCAUUAAAGAGCAACAAAUUUCACCACUUUAACUGAGUUCCUAUUUCUGAUUCAGCAAGGAAGUAGAAAACAUUCAGUAAACAAACAAUGGGCUCUUUUAAGAAAUAUUCUAGAUUGAGGGUGGUUGAUCCAUCUGGACUCACUUGGAACUCACAGUUCUUGUCAUCAUGGGUUUAAGCUCAUCAGGCGUUUUGAUAUUCAAACGUUAACGUUUUGAAGGAAAUGGAGUUCUAUUAUUUGUUUUAAGGCUUAUCUGUUGCUGUGUUUGGUCAUGAGUUAACUUUUUUUAAGACAUGUACUUAAAGCUGAUCUGGAUUUGUUUUAAGUGUUGGUGAGGGAUUUACAGCUGUUGAGGAAACGCUUUGCUAGAGCUUUCCCACCUUUUUCUCCAUUUAUAUCAAAAUAUAAACCUCAAAUUUUCCAUUUUAUGUGAUAGACCAGCAUAAAGGAGUGUAUAAUUAUGAAGUGGUAGGGAAAUCACUUUAACAAUCAAUCCAUUGUCUAUUCCCGCAGUGGUCAUUGGGAGACGGGUGGGGUAUACCCAGGACAGGUCGCCCAUCCAUCACUGGGCAACACAGAGACACACAGGACACACAGAUCCGCAACUAAGGGCACUUUGGGAAGAACAGUCAACUUAACAGUCGUGUUUUUGGACUGUGGGAGGAAGCCAGAGUACCCAGAGGGAACCCACACAUGCACAGGGAGAACAUGCAAACUCCUUGCAGAAAGACCCGAGGCCAGGAUAUGAACCCAGGACCUUCUUGCUGCAAGGCAGCAGUGGUACCAAAUGCCCACUUUACAAAUCAUAAAUAAUUUUAA